UAUUGUCUUUAGAUAGCUGUGGUGGAAAUGGAAUUGUGAUGCUUCCUACUAACAAAUUUUAUUUUAAUCCAUUUCAUUUCAACCUCAUUGCCAUACUAGUUCUUCUUAUUCCCAUCAUCCCAAACAAACCACAUCACAACAAACAACACUCCCAAUGGCAUGCUCACCCACUACCUCCGCUUCUUCCAUCUUAUCUCUAAACCCUAAUUCAUCACUCAUCUCUCCCAAAAAACCUAUUUCCACUCUCUCUAUCCCUAAUUCUCUCCCUAAACCCUUCUCACUCUCUUCACUUUCAUUCUCUCGCCCCUCCCUUCAACAUUCUUCUCGCCGCAAUUCAUUCCUCGUUAAUGCCUCUAGUGGGCUUCCAUUGGUUGGAAAUGUAGCACCUGAUUUCGAAGCAGAGGCUGUUUUUGAUCAAGAAUUUAUCAAGGUCAAACUCUCUGACUAUAUUGGGAAGAAGUAUGUUAUCCUAUUUUUCUACCCAUUGGAUUUCACCUUUGUUUGUCCAACAGAAAUCACUGCUUUCAGUGACCGGCAUGCAGAGUUUGAUGCAAUAAAUACUGAGAUUUUGGGUGUUUCAGUUGACAGUGUGUUCUCGCACCUUGCAUGGGUUCAAUCAGAUAGAAAGUCAGGUGGCCUUGGUGACUUGAAAUAUCCUCUGGUUUCUGAUGUCACCAAAUCCAUAUCAGAAUCUUACGGUGUUCUCAUUCCCGAUCAGGGAAUUGCAUUGAGAGGAUUGUUCAUUAUCGAUAAGGAAGGGGUUAUUCAACAUUCUACCAUCAACAACUUGGCAAUUGGUAGAAGUGUUGAUGAGACAAAGAGAACACUCCAGGCCCUGCAGUAUGUACAAGAGAACCCAGAUGAAGUUUGCCCUGCUGGAUGGAAGCCUGGGGAGAAGUCCAUGAAACCAGACCCCAAACUUAGCAAAGAUUACUUUGCAGCGGUAUAAUGUGUAUAACAGUUAAGAGUAGCCACACGCAUCUGUAUCAAUUUGAGUUAUGAAAGAGUAUUAUGUAAUAGUAUUUGCUGGUGUACUGGAUUCUGUAAUGUACUAUGUAUUGAUAAUUUGCAAUUUCUUUUGAUUA